AGAAGACCAAUAGAAAGAGUGUGAGACUCAUUGUCCGCGUUUUUUUUUUUCCAUCUUUGAAUAUUUCAGACCCUCGCGAAUUAAAUUUCUCCGCCUACAUAAUGGGCGAUUAUUAAUCGCAUUGUCCUCUUUUCUGGGGUUUUAUCCACUUUUAUUCUCUUCACCUUCCUCAUUUCUCUCUCCUGCCUUCUCUGCGUUGUUACUCAGAUCGGAACCGUGAAAAGAAAUGGGCAGCAAUACGACUCAGAUCUCCGACGAUUAUGUCUCCGAGAACAGGUCCGGCGUCGGCGGUGGGAUUUCUGAUGUUUACGGCGAGGAUAGCGCCACACUGGAUCAGCUCGUCACUCCUUGGGUUACUUCUGUCGCCAGUGGGUGUACUUUGAUGCGUGACCCUCGCUACAAUAAGGGACUUGCUUUCACUGAUAAAGAGAGAGAUGCUCAUUACCUAACUGGUCUUCUUCCUCCUGUUAUUUUAUCUCAGGAUGUUCAGGAGAGGAAGGUGAUGCACAAUCUCCGUCAGUACACGGUUCCUCUGCAGCGUUACAUGGCCCUCAUGGAUCUUCAGGAGAGGAAUGAGAGAUUGUUUUACAAGCUUCUGAUCGAUAAUGUGGAGGAACUGCUUCCGGUUGUGUACACACCGACGGUGGGAGAGGCUUGCCAAAAGUAUGGGAGCAUUUUCAGGAGGCCACAAGGUCUUUACAUCAGCUUGAAAGAGAAGGGAAAGAUUCUUGAAGUGUUGAAGAAUUGGCCACAGAGAGGGAUUCAAGUUAUUGUUGUCACCGAUGGUGAGCGUAUUUUGGGUCUUGGUGAUCUUGGUUGCCAGUGCCUUCCAAUAACCAUUGAUGUGGGUACAAACAAUGAGAAGCUCCUGAGUGAUGAGUUCUACAUUGGACUUAAACAGAGGAGGGCAACUGGAGAGGAAUACGCAGAGUUUCUCCACGAGUUCAUGUGUGCUGUUAAACAGAACUAUGGAGAAAAAGUGUUGGUGCAGUUUGAAGAUUUUGCAAACCACCAUGCAUUUGAGCUUCUCUCAAAGUACAGCUCUAGUCAUCUCGUUUUCAAUGAUGAUAUCCAAGGUACUGCAUCAGUGGUGCUUGCUGGGCUUAUUGCGGCUCAGAAAGUACUUGGUAAAAGCCUAUCUGACCACACCUUUUUGUUCUUGGGUGCUGGAGAGGCUGGAACUGGAAUCGCUGAGCUAAUUGCUCUUCAGAUAUCGAGAGAGACUGGAACACCAAUCCAUGAGACCCGAAAGAAGAUUUGGCUUGUGGACUCCAAGGGACUGAUCGUUAGCUCACGCAAAGAAUCGCUUCAGCAUUUCAAGCAGCCAUGGGCGCAUGACCACGAGCCUGUCAAGGAGCUCCUAGGAGCUGUUAAUGCAAUCAAGCCAACCGUUCUCAUUGGAACCUCUGGUGUUGGUAAGACUUUCACAAAGGAAGUAGUGGAGGCCAUGGCCACCUUCAACGAGAAACCCUUGAUUCUUGCUCUCUCAAACCCUACUUCUCAAGCCGAGUGCACGGCUGAAGAAGCGUACACAUGGACAAAGGGUCGUGCAAUCUUUGCAAGUGGAAGCCCCUUUGACCCAGUCGAGUAUGAAGGCAAAACAUUCUUGCCUGGUCAGGCAAACAACUGCUAUAUUUUCCCGGGUCUCGGUCUUGGGUUGAUCAUGUCCGGUGCCAUUCGUGUCCGUGAUGACAUGCUUCUAGCAGCUUCGGAAGCGUUGGCCUCGCAAGUGACUGAAGAGAAUUUCGCCAAUGGACUGAUCUAUCCGCCUUUUGCAAACAUCAGAAAGAUCUCUGCUAACAUUGCAGCCAGUGUGGGAGACAAAACCUACCAACUCGGACUGGCGUCGAACCUGCCUCGUCCUAAGGACCUGGUCAAGAUGGCAGAGAGCUGCAUGUACAGUCCUGUCUACAGAAACUUCCGUUAAAGUUUCUUUGCACAUUGUGUGUCCUCUGCUUUUUUACUUUUUGCUUCAUUGGUUUUGCUGCUUCUAUGUAGGACAACUUCUCUUCUGUUUCUACUUUUUUUUUUUGUUUUUCAAUCUCAACUUUAAGUCUUUAACAAAUGGAAUAUAAGCUUUUUUAUAAAUAGUAAAGUAAUCCAUGACUCAUCUUUGUCGUAUAUGUGUUAGGUUAGAACAAUGUCCAG